UUCAGCUUCUAGCAGGUGAAGUCUCAUGCUGAGUUCUAGACGAGAUUUUUUUUUUUUCGUCUUCUAACACAUGGAUGCUAUUUGAAAAAUGAUUGUGUGUGGGAUACUUACAAUCUGAUAACGAUCUGGGAGCACGUGUUGUUGGGGAGAAAUUCGAAUUUUUUUCGCCUUGUAGCACGCUCUCGCUCGCACGUGCCUGGAACAGAGAGAGAAACGUAUGCUAUAUAAACACAAGCGAUGAGAGGAAAAUUAUCAUUCACAUCAGAGACAGAUUCGAGUAUUCUUCACACAUCGUACGAGAUGAGUUCUCCAUCGUUCAUCUUACCAGAUAGCCCACCCCCGCAGCGUGUGCUCAACUAUUGGCAGCGCAAAGCUGCCGAGUCGUGUGCCGGCUCUUCUGCUGCUGCUGCCGCUGCCGCCUCCGCUGCCUCCCCCGCCUCCUCCUCCGCCUCACCCCUGAAGAGACGAGGAAUCUUCAUACAACGAGAGAGGGGUGAGGAGAUCAUCAUCGGGGACAGUCCUCUCCCUCAAUCAACACCGACUACCUGGGCACCGCGCCGUGCGGUGCUGACAACCCUAUCAAACAGCAUCAGGGAGAGGCAGGCGAAGAGGAAAUUAACGUUCGAGGAGCCUGAAGUUAGCGGGGAAGAGGAGGAGGAGGUGCUCACUCAAUCAAAGAAACGUGUUCCGGAAGAGAACUCAUCCAUGCUACCGCUGAUGGAGGAGGUGCGUCGAAGGGAGGAGGAGGAAGCGGAGAACGAGAUGGACGUGGAGACGGAGGAGUUGCUCGCCAUUAUAAAUCAUACUGAGAAACCGUGGACGCCUCUCCGGCAGUUGGUGGAGGACACGCCAUACCCUAUCGUGGGGGUACGGCAGAUUACCAACCAACAUGGUCGCCGGGUAAUUUUAAAAGUGCAUUUAACAUCUGUACGACUGAUGGACAUAUACAUGCCGGAGAGGUAUAGCCGCGGUUUGACCUCCAAAGACAUUGAACAUUUUAACAAAAAUUGUAAAUCCCUAUGUCUCUUUGUGAAGCAUGUUAAUGCUUUUUUGACAGACAUAAAUAUUGUUAAGUACAAAAUUAGCAAAUUUGGCAUUUGACAAUAUUUAUGUCGUUGAGCAUUAACAUGUUUUGCAUUAAAUAUGUAUAAAUUUGUUAUGCAAUAGUAGU